AUGGUUGCCUGUAUGGCUGUUGGUACAUAUUUUAUGAUUGCACAAGCAGAAACAACAGUAUUAACAACAACAUCUCAACCUUCCUUCACAUCACUAGAAGAGCUGAACAAACAAUUUCUACGUCAUUACAGAAAGGCUCGUGAUGAUUUUUGGCGUUUAACAACCGAAAAUGGUACAGUCUUCAUCAGAAAUGGCAGUUCUCUAACUUUGAUUCAUAGAGGAAUUCGUUAUCCAACGAUCAAAACAAUUCCACAGAUUUUUCAUCAAUUAAAAAGUAUUGCACACAUUCCACUCACCGUCUAUCUUCUUUGCAAUGAAUUGCCUAUUGUGUCCGAUGAUAUACUCGAACAAUUUUGGAAACAGUUGAAUAAUAUUCAGUUGCCAGAUUUAAUCGGAUCGGAGCGUCAGUCAGCUCUUCGAGUUAUAUAUGAAUCUCGAAUAAUCAUUCGACAAAAGAUCGACAAUAGAACGUCAGUUGAUCAAAAGCGCCUAACAGCCUACAGUCGGCAUAUUUCGAAUGACCUGAUUUCGUUGAUAGACGCAGGUGCUAUUGCUAGUUUGAAUUCAACACAUCGUAUCAUUCAAAAUUGGCUAAAGGAACAUAAUAUCAAUCGGCACGAUCCAUCAAUAAAAGUGAUAGUUAUCGGUCCUCGAGCAGCUCGUCAAAAUAAUAUCGAUGCCACGUAUUUCGAACAUUUUCUUGGUGAAGGUAAAAAACGAAAUAUUUUCUACAUUGAAGAAAUAUACAAUGAUGAAAAGAAAAUCACUUCAAUUUUUUCUGCUUGGUAUCUUGAAGAACAAAUCAGUAUCACUUUUUUCAAUGAUAAUAAUCGAAUGCAUAAUGAUUUACUAAUGACUGACAAUGUGCGACAGUAUAUGAUCAAACAAUUAUUUCAUUGUUAG